GCAGCUCCACCCCCGCGUGGCGGCGGCUCGCUCGGUCCGAACCCGCGCUCGGCACAAACCCAGCCCCGGCGAGCGGCCGCCACCUGCCCGGCGCCUCCUCCGCCCGCCCCACCGCGGCCCAACUUGGAUGGAGUUGGGGUCUUGAGCACCUGCCCCCGCCGCCGCCAGCGGAGAGCCCCGCGCCGCCGCCUUCGGUCUGGGACCCUUCUCCGCUCCUCUCCGCUCCCGCGAUGGGAAAAGUUGGCGCCGGCGGCGGCUCCCCAGCCCGGCUGAGCGCGCUUCUCGCCGGCGCGGGGCUUUUGGUCCUCUGCGCCCCGGGCGCCUGCAGCAGCGGCUCUUGCUGCCCUCCACCGCACCCCAGCUCGGCCCCACGCUGGACCACGACCCCAGGGGGCUUUUUCCACCAGGGGCCGCCAGGCAGGGCUCCUGCCACGCCCCUGCCGCUCCUUGUGCGCCCCCUGUUUGCAGUGGCCCCCGGGGACCGAGCGCUGUCCCUGGAGCGGGCCCGGGGCACCCGGGCGUCGGUGUCGGUUGCUACACGCUCCAGCCGAAGGAGACGGAGCGGAGCGGUUCAGGAGAAGGCAGAAAGGGUAGAGGGAUCCAGUAGGAGCCCCCGGGGAGUACUGAGGGAUGGAGGGCAGCCGGAGCUUGGGACUCGGGAGCGGGACCCGGACAAAGCCACCCGCUUCCGGAUGGAGGAGCUGAGACUGACCAGCACCACGUUUGCGCUGACAGGCGACUCCGCACACAACCAAGCUAUGGUCCACUGGUCCGGCCACAACAGCAGUGUGAUUCUCAUUUUGACAAAGCUCUAUGACUAUAACCUGGGGAGCAUCACGGAGAGCUCACUUUGGAGGUCAACUGAUUAUGGGACAACCUAUGAGAAGCUGAAUGAUAAAGUGGGUUUGAAGACAAUCUUGAGCUAUCUCUACGUGUGUCCUACCAACAAGCGUAAGAUCAUGUUACUCACAGACCCGGAGAUUGAGAGCAGUUUAUUGAUCAGCUCAGAUGAAGGGGCAACUUAUCAAAAGUACCGACUGAACUUUUACAUCCAGAGCUUGCUUUUCCACCCGAAGCAAGAAGACUGGAUUCUGGCGUACAGUCAAGACCAAAAGUUAUACAGCUCGGCUGAGUUUGGGAGAAGAUGGCAGCUUAUCCAGGAAGGGGUGGUACCAAAUAGGUUCUACUGGUCUGUGAUGGGGUCGAACAAGGAACCAGACCUUGUGCAUCUUGAGGCCAGAACUGUGGAUGGUCAUUCACAAUAUCUUACUUGCCGCAUGCAGAACUGCACGGAAACCAACAAAAAUAAACCUUUCCCAGGCUACAUUGACCCAGACUCUUUGAUUGUCCAGGAUGAUUACGUGUUUGUUCAGCUGACGUCAGGAGGAAGACCACAUUACUACGUGUCUUACCGAAGGAAUGCGUUUGCCCAGAUGAAGCUUCCGAAAUACGCUUUGCCCAAGGACAUGCACGUCAUUAGCACAGAUGAGAACCAAGUGUUUGCAGCAGUCCAAGAAUGGAACCAGAACGACACCUACAACCUCUAUAUCUCAGACACCCGUGGGGUCUAUUUCACCUUGGCCUUGGAGAAUGUCCAGAGCAGCAGAGGCCCUGAGGGUAACGUCAUGAUCGACCUCUAUGAGGUAGCAGGGAUAAAGGGAAUGUUCUUGGCUAACAAGAAGAUUGACAACCAAGUGAAGACCUUCAUCACAUACAACAAAGGCAGAGACUGGCGUUUGCUGCAGGCUCCGGACACAGAUCUCAGAGGGGACCCUGUGCAUUGCUUGCUGCCCUAUUGCUCACUCCACCUUCACCUGAAGGUAUCUGAGAAUCCCUACACAUCAGGGAUCAUUGCCAGCAGAGACACAGCUCCAAGCAUCAUCGUUGCUUCAGGUAAUAUAGGUUCCGAACUGUCAGACAGUGACAUCAGCAUGUUUGUCUCUUCAGAUGCAGGGAAUACUUGGAGGCAGAUCUUUGAAGAGGAGCACAGUGUUUUGUACCUAGAUCAAGGUGGAGUCCUGGUUGCCAUGAAACACACUUCUCUUCCAAUUCGACAUCUUUGGUUGAGUUUCGAUGAAGGGAGAUCUUGGAGCAAAUACAGUUUCACAUCUAUUCCACUUUUUGUGGACGGGGUUCUGGGUGAACCUGGAGAAGAAACUCUAAUCAUGACAGUGUUUGGACACUUCAGCCACCGCUCUGAAUGGCAGCUGGUUAAAGUAGACUACAAGUCCAUUUUUGACAGACGGUGUGCUGAGGAGGACUACAGGCCCUGGCAGCUACACAGCCAGGGGGAAGCAUGUAUCAUGGGAGCCAAGAGGAUAUACAAGAAGCGAAAAUCAGAGCGGAAGUGUAUGCAAGGAAAAUACGCAGGAGCUAUGGAAUCUGAACCCUGCGUUUGCACAGAGGCUGAUUUUGACUGUGACUAUGGCUAUGAGCGACACAGCAAUGGGCAGUGCCUGCCAGCUUUUUGGUUCAAUCCAUCUUCUCUGUCAAAGGACUGCAGUGUGGGGCAGAGUUACCUCAAUAGUACUGGGUAUAGAAAGGUGGUUUCCAAUAACUGCACUGAUGGAGUACGGGAACAGUACACUGCCAAACCCCAGAAGUGUCCUGGGAAGGCCCCUCGUGGGCUCCGGAUCGUCACUGCGGAUGGGAAGCUGACUGCAGAGCAAGGGCACAAUGUCACUCUCAUGGUGCAGCUGGAAGAGGGUGAUGUCCAGCGGACGCUUAUCCAAGUGGACUUUGGCGAUGGCAUCGCAGUGUCUUAUGUCAACCUCAGCUCCAUGGAAGAUGGGAUCAAACACGUCUAUCAGAACGUGGGCAUUUUCCGAGUGACCGUGCAGGUGGACAACAGUCUGGGGUCUGACAGCGCCGUCCUGUACUUACAUGUAACUUGUCCCCUGGAGCAUGUGCACCUGUCUCUUCCCUUUGUCACCACAAAGAACAAAGAAGUCAAUGCAACUGCUGUGCUGUGGCCCAGCCAAGUGGGCACCCUCACUUACGUGUGGUGGUACGGAAACAACACGGAGCCCUUGAUCACCUUGGAGGGAAGCAUAUCAUUCAAAUUUACUUCAGAAGGAAUGAAUACCAUCACAGUGCAGGUAUCUGCUGGAAACGCCAUCCUGCAGGAUACGAAGACCAUAGCAGUAUAUGAGGAAUUCCGUUCUCUUCGCUUGUCCUUUUCUCCAAACCUGGAUGAUUACAACCCGGACAUUCCCGAGUGGAGGAGGGACAUCAGCAGAGUCAUCAAAAAAUCCCUGGUGGAAGCCACAGGAAUUCCAAGCCAGCACAUCCUGGUGGCAGUACUGCCUGGCUUACCCACCGCUGCUGAGCUCUUUGUCUUGCCUUAUCAGGAUCCAACAGGAGAAAACAAAAGGUCACUGGAGGAUCUGGAGCAGAUCUCAGAAGUAUUGAUCCAUAAGCUCAAUCAAAACUCAGUGCACUUUGAGCUGAAGCCUGGGGUCCAAGUUCUGGUCCAUGCUGCUCAUCUAACAGCAGCCCCACUGGUGGACCUCACUCCAACCCACAGUGGUUCCGCCAUGUUGAUGCUGCUCUCGGUGGUGUUUGUGGGGCUGGCCGUGUUCGUCAUCUACAAGUUUAAAAGGAGAGUAGCUUUACCCUCCCCUCCCUCCCCUUCUACUCAACCUGGUGACUCAUCUCUCCGAUUGCAAAGAGCAAGACACGCCACUCCACCUUCAACGCCAAAGCGGGGAUCUGCUGGGUCACAAUUUGCAAUUUAAGGAAAACCCCCAAAGGCUACAGGCGACCUGCUGAUCAGGAAAGAAUUUCGCUCUUGUCCAGCGCAUCAUCCUUCAUGACCACUAACUUUGUGUUUCUUUUCUUUCCUCUGUUGUUCUGUUUCCUAUUUUGCCAGGAAGUAUUUCCAUAGUUGCUGAGAAUCAAAGCACAAAAGAAAUCCCUACCUAUGUAAAUGUUUGAAUGGAGGACGCCAGUAAAAAAAAAAAAAACAAAAAAAAAAAACCAAAAAACAAACAAACAAAAAUCAAAACAAAAAAUAAAAUAAAAACAAUCAAAAUCCAAACAAAUAAAAACAAAACACUCACUGCACCGGGACUUUUAAUUCUUCUGACACAGACAACAAGGGUUUUUAGCUUUAAGCCUGUGCAUGUGGACAAUACCUUGAGGACAUGUUUGGAGGGGCAGUGUACAGGUGCUCUAUUUUAAUGGAAAACACUCCCCUCCCCUUUUCUUCUUCUCUUUUUUCUGAUCGGUCGUGUUUGUAGAAAAUUCAUAACAUAUAUAGGCCAAGGAAACCUGCAUGUAUUUUUGGAAACAUUCUUGGCUCUAGAUUUAACAGCUAUUUUAGCACUCCUGGCUGAGGGGUGGAUUAGCCAUCCCAGGCCUUUUCAUAAGACACAAAGACAUGCACAGGAGUUUGAAACCCUGAGCUGUUUCUCUGUUCCACUGUCCUUACUGUCCUUUCCCCUUCUAAGUUAGCAUUGGUAGCUCUGUUGGUCAGCAGUGGUCACAAAGGCUGCUUUCUCUCCAUUCUCUGUGGCCACAGGGACAAAGAUGCAAGCUGAAGAUCGUGCGUGCAGGUACAAUAGGAAAGGAAGGGAGACAGGGACGCAAAGCAUGUCAGAGACGGACCUUUGUUUCUUGUUCAACUUUUCUCCUUGCAGCUUUCCCUACUCCUGCCCCAACUGAUGUAGAAGAUGGGAUUUUUUCUAGUUGUUACCCUUUGUCUUGCCUUCCCAUUUGUCCGCCACUCAUGUGUGCCCAUGAUCUGUCGAUGUCUUUGAAUUUCUUCCUUUCAAUCCCCAAGUAAUCUUUCAACUGUUCCUACUUUUCUUCCCAAACAUGUUGCAAGAUUUUGGACAUGACCCCUGAUGUCUCCUAUAUACUGGCCCAGGCUCUGCCAACCCUGACCCCACCACUUGCGAGUCUUGGCUCUCUGUCUGUUUUGUAUGCUCCCAAGCAUGCCAGCUUCUGUGCACACUGCUCAGGCUGCAUCCUGCCCAGCAGGGUUCAGUUUCAUGUACCCUUUGUCUCUUCCUCCAGAACCUGUCUUUUUCAAAUAUCCUUGCCUUUUCCCACCUGGAAACAUGUAAUGUGAAAGAGUUGAUAUAUGCAAAGCAGUCAAACCUGGCCAUAUUCUUUGGAAAAGAAAGUUCACAGCUGAAUAGUGGUGUUGUCGCACAUUAACAGACAUCUCAUGUGGUCAGAUUCUGGAAGAUUCUUGUGAGAAAUGUGUAGAACAUGUGACUGUAUUGCAGGGUAAUGUCUUCCUGUGAUAGUUGCUGUUACCAUAUACUUCCUUUCUCACAGGAGAAUACGAAAUAUUUGUGAAAUAAAAACUGAUUUUAACCAGAAGGAGAAACAGGUUAAUGGACUUAAUGUUUGAGAAUGUCAAAAUGUCUGAGAAAAUAGGUCUUAUCUUACAUUAGGAUGAGAUUUUGAUUAUUUAGGGUGAUCCUGGUGAUUUCACAUGUGCUCUCUGAUCUCUGAGUAUCACGGUAUCAGUAAUGGAAAGAUAAGUCAGUAUGUAGGGGAGGAGUUACCCCACUCCAGCAAAGCAAAAGAAAUCCUCACAAUCCUUAGAUCCUCAAACCAUGAAGAAAUUCCCGUUUAUCCAAGGGGGAUCAUGAUAGAAGGACCAGAGAAAGAAGGGAACAAAAGUCCAUCCACUACUGGAGCCCCUUCAGUAUUGGACUGGACAAAGCCCACUUGAAGGGCAGGAGAAAUCAAUUCUGAUAAACCACCCAGAGAACCUAGUCUCCUUCUUGGCUGUGUCCCCAAGCCAACAACAGGGUAUCACAGGGGACCUGGUGAUAAUGAAGAUAUCCUAAAGAUCCUGAUGCUCCCUGCCCUAAUGUUGCUCAGGCAGGGGAAGAGUAGCAAAACUGCUGCCAGAAAUUAACCAUGCAGAAGGUUUUAUGUUUGAGGAGGCCCCAUGUGAAUCUGGGCAAUGGGUUGGGCCUGGGGUAACCACCUCUUUGUAAAACUCAAUUGAUUCCCAACCUGCCAGGCUUCCUAACUCAUAGAAAACAUCCUCAUUGAUUCUCUUCAGUUGGAGCCUCCCAAAUUUCAUCUGGAAGACAAAGUGUUUAGAAACCAAAAGAGGCUCACACACACCAGCACAGGGAGUCCUCAGAGUUGCAGUUCAAUUCAUUUUAAUUAGAAAAUUGUGAAAAAAGGGUAUAAUUCUCUUAAUGUAGCACAGUGCCUUGCCUAGAGUAGUAUUGUGAAAAUUAUUUGUCAAUGAAAUAAAUGAGUGGAGAGACAUAGGGAAGAAGGGGCUGUCAGUCCCAAUUUACAAUAGAGGCAGACAUGAGAUGCCUGACAUUUUGGAGAGUGACCAGAGGUGGCCAGCUAUAGAUUCAGCAUCUCCAGCGUCCUCAUGUGCCUCUCCUCAAAGCUCCCUCCCACCUGUAGGUGAUUAGUGAGGCAAGGUACUUACUGCUCAGAGGGGACCUCAUUGUUCCUGUGACUGUGGCUAGUGGUUCUCAAAGUGUGGGACUCGGGCUGUCAGUAUCAGCAUCACCCUGACUUGUUAGAAAUGCCAAUUCUGGGUCUGUACCCCUGAGCUACUGAGUCAGAAACUCUAGGGGAUGAAUAGUGUUGCUCUCUAUUUCUGAAGGGGAGUGGUCCCAGCAAUCAGUUUUGACAAGCCAUCACGGUGAUCAUGAUGCAUGCUCAAGUUUGAGAACCACCAAUACAGGCCAUUCCAGCUCAAGCCCAAAGACAAGGCAGUGAUGUCAGCCUACAAAUGGGAGGGACCCAAGUGCCUACCUACUCGCUAAUAGCAGAUGCAAACACAAUGAGGAGUUUGGUGGGCUUAAGGCCAGAGGAGUAUGGGGAGGGAUGUGUGUGGAAGGUGAGAUUCAGGGCAAGCUAAAAAUAGAACACUGCAACAUUUUCUAAAACCCCAGAAGACAAACUGUGCAUGCUGUACCCUGAACUACCCAACCAACAUUUUCUCCUUUGCCUUAUUCCUAAUUGAAUCCACUGUCCAAAAUGCAGAGGUUCGCUUUGCUUGUUUUUCAGAAGUUCCAAACAGCAACUUUGAGAGCAAUGGGGUGCUUGGCAGCUGUUCUGUGUUUUCCAGGAUUCCAACUGAGCAUUGAAAUCCCUCAUUUGCCAACUUAUUUUUAUAGGAAGCCAAUUUAAAAAAAAAAAUGAAAGUUUUCUUAUAGUAUUGGAACUACUUCUAAUUUUAAAAUGACUUUUUUGAUGUAUUUUUUGUUAAAUACUAUGUAGUGUAAUGUAUAAUUGCUCUUGUUUAUUGCUUUUACAAUCAUAUUUAUUAAACAGAUAA